UAAGUUCGCACGCAUUUCUAACGGCAAUACGAAAUAUCACAAAUAAAGCAUCAAAGCGGGUUAGAGAAAUAAAACUGGAACAAAACCACAAUUGUGUCAGUGUCCGCGCGCAGCAAUCAUAGUGUUGUUGACAAUUUUUCGAUUUUUUGUCCUUUCAACUCGCUAAACGUAAACAGUGCAGCUGGUCCUUCCUUUAAGUGUAUGUGUAUGUAUGAGUAUUGGUUGCCUUGUGCUGCUUAUGUGUUUUGAUUAAGGUUGCACUUUGCCUAGUCAAGUGAGUUUCGGCCAAAAGCGCCUAUUGCCACUCGCCCGCAUAUACAUACAUAUGUAUGUAUGUAUGAUAGGUCAUUUUACUUUACUUUACAAAUAAUCAGAAAUACUCACAUGAGAAGUUGUAGAAUGAAAUUACUUGUUGAAUUAAUAAAUAAUACGGCUUGAAUUGUGAGCACUUCAGUUCGAAAAAAAAAAAAUAUAUAUAAUAAAUACAAAUAUAAAAAGGGAAGAAUAUGAGCAACAAAUAUUUUGAAUAAAAAAAAUCCUAAAAUCACAUGGUAGUGAAUCUCAUUUACUACUUUUCCCACUGGCUGCUAAACCCAGCAAUACACGCAAACACAUCUACACUGAUUGCGAAAAAUGCAAAUAAUUGCAGUUGAAGCACAUAAACUAAAAUUGGCAUGUGAAUGACCGGCUGCUGAAGUUAAUGGCUGUGUGAGUGAGUGAACGAGCACAAGCGACGAGAGUAGCGUACGCUGCAUGCUGACAAUUAGUGCCGGCAGUUAAUUGACAUUUCACUGCAUGCAUAUCAAUUGAUGGUGUCAAUUAAAAGCGCUGAUAAAUAAACGCGACUAUAAUCUAGUUAGCAGCGUAUGCGUGUGGGAUGACGCGCUAGUCAAAGUUAGCGAAAGUAGCGAUAAAGAGAGAGGUCAUGCAAAGAAUUUGCAUUUAAAUCGCAUACAAAUAGUGCUUUUGCAUUUAAUUUUGCCAUUUUGACAUUCUGCAUUAACGCCGAAAUUCGUCUAACACCGCCAAGUUGGAAGGAAAAAAACUAUUCACGGCUGUUAAUAAUAUUUUAGCCGGUUCGAGCUUUGCCCGGGAACUCAGGCAACUAAUGACGAGAAACACUACAGUUGGCGUGGAUGACAGGGCAAGUGCGGGACCGCAACAGCAACAGCUUGAGACCACGGCGUAUUACGAACAUCAGUCCGACUAUAGCGAAGACGCAACAGGCUACACAACAGCGAUAGCAACGGCUACGUCACCACAACCUCACCGAAAUCAACAAACAAGCAAUAUGGCCGCCAUGGCCGCUGAUGUCGAAUGCACACAAACAACGCAAUCGCCAACGCGGCGUCGCAGCCGGCGUGUAUCCGAAUUGGAAUUGGAUCCUUGCUGCAAUCAAUUGGCAGGAGAGCAGCUAGUGGAGCAUUCGGCAGUUGUUGCCGAUUUACCCACAGAGGAUUAUGAUGAUGUGGUAGUUGAUGAGGAAGAAGAAGACGAUUUCGAAGAUGGUGUUGAUGGUGAGAAUGAUUACUACGAUGAAUCGCCAGUGCAGCGUAGCGCUAGAUUUCUGAAGCCAUGCAAACAGCAACAAAGAAAAACCGAACUGCAAGAACAGGCGGCGACGGUGAGUACGGUGAAAAGUGGUGGCAAGCGACCAAAACGACGCAUUAAGACGACUCGUCAAUUUUCACAGCGUACCGCUUCGACCGAGUCGACGGAGAGUGCCACACGACCAUGCAUAUCCAAGGGGCAAAUGCGCGAAUUCCGUGAAGCAUUUCGUUUAUUCGACAAAGACGGCGAUGGCUGCAUAACAAAAGAGGAGCUCGGUACCGUAAUGCGUUCAUUGGGGCAAUUCGCACGUGUUGAGGAAUUGCAGGAAAUGCUGCAGGAAAUCGAUGUGGAUGGAGACGGUAACGUCAGCUUUGAAGAAUUCGUGGACAUACUUUCUAACAUGACCUAUGAGGAUAAAUCAGGUCUAUCCUCUGCUGAUCAGGAAGAGCGUGAGCUGCGUGACGCUUUUCGUGUGUUCGACAAGCAUAAUCGUGGCUAUAUUACGGCCUCAGACUUGAGAGCGGUGCUGCAGUGUUUGGGCGAGGACCUGGAUGAGGAAGAUAUCGAGGACAUGAUUAAAGAAGUCGAUGUCGAUGGCGAUGGACGCAUUGAUUUUUAUGAGUUUGUGCAUGCUUUGGGCGAACCGGAAGACUCGCAGGAGAACGACGAGGAGAAUGAAGAAGAGAAUACAACUUCACCAUUACCAACACCAAAAUCGGCCAUGUCAAUGAGUUACGAUUAAGCUGUGGAAAAAUUUCGCGGUUAAUAACGAAAUCGGUAAAUGAAAACUUAGCAAAGAAACAGUUAUUACAAUAAUACGCAUAAUUAAUUCCCAGCUAACAUUUUUCUUAAAGUUUUUGGCUCCAAACAAAUUUGUAUUGAUAUAGGAAAUGGUACAAAAUGAAUAACGAAAAUUUUUGGAAAUAAUAAAAUUUCAUUAACUCAUAAAAUUUAAUAAUCAAAACAUAUAUUUGAGAACUAAAAUCAAAUAAUAACCUCUUAUUAUAAUAAAGUAAUAUAAAACCAUUUCUACUCUAACUUACAUUUUAAAGCAAAACAUGUCAGGUUGACAAAUAUCAAAAUUCGCGUUUAUGGCAAAAAAAAAGAGACAGUAUUUAUAAAGAAAUAAUAUGCAGUUUAAGUGUAAAUUUUCUAAAAAAAAAAAAACUUAAUAGAUUACAAAUUUAAUUAGCAUAGUGGUUUUUUUAGUAAUAUCGUGGUUGAAAUUACUGAUGCAGUGCACUGCAGUAAAAUUUUAAUUAAAAAAAAUUAAAUUAAAAAAACAAAUUUAAUAAAAAUUAUUUAAUUCACUUUAAUCUUUC